CUUGCUUCCUCCACUAUAAGCCGACUGCUGCUGAAACAGAAUGCAGGUUUUGUUUGUGCUGGAAUUUGCAGCUUAAUUUAGUGUACCAAGAAACUAAAAAAACUUGAGAACUGUGCAGAGGAUGUGGGUGCAAGCUGAGGACAGUGCAGCGGCAGAGUCUGACGGAGAGAGUGGUUUAUCUUCUGAAGAUGAGGGAGACAUUCAGUGUGAGAUCCUGGAAAUGCAGAGGGAUGAAGCCAAUCAGAGACUGGCUGAAUUGGAGGAAGUCUCCAAUCAGCUCUUGAAAGAGAUGAAUGUACUGGAGAUCCAGUUCCAGAUUGAACGCUCCUGCAGGGAGAGUGCUGAGGCACUGGCUGUUAAAGUGACCAAAGACAACAAAGUCUUGAAGAGGAAGAGCCAGAUGCUGAUGCCGCUCAUCCCCGAGCAUCAUGAGAACUUGCCAACUGUGACCUUUGACCUAGAGCCUGACCCCGCCUUUAACUGUGACGUGGUUGAUCUUGGUGAUGACAGCAAGGAGGAGACGCUGCUGCUGGAGAGUCAAGUCAAGAUCGCAGAGCUGCAGGCGUCAGUGGAUGGUCUGCUGGCUGAGAAGCUGCAGCUGCAGCAACAAGUGGAGGAUCUGACCAAAGAGCAGGCCCAACUCAGAGAGCAGCUAGCACUGGAGAUUGAGGAAAAAGAGGCCAUACUGAGAAAAAUGAGCAAACAGAGCAAGACCAUGAAUAAAAUCAAACGAGUCUCCCAGCUUGUCACAGAGGAGUUUGCAGAAAUGUCUCAGAAACUGGAGCUGGAGCAGGGCCUCCGGCAGCACGCUGAAGUCUUCGCCCACCAGAUGAUGGCGCAGCAGACGGCAGCCAACACUCAGAGCAUGAGCGCAGAGACUGGCCUGCAGCUGCAGCAGACGCUGGAACAAAUCACCACCAUCAGCACAGCCCUGUGUGAUAUACAACGCUACUACCAGGACCAGGUAAAACAGAGUCAGAGUGUUGUGGAAGAAAGCAAUGUCCUCUCUGAGCUGCAGAGCCUGAGAGAACAGCUGGAGAAGAGUGAGGAGGAGAGGAAGACCUUAGAAAAUCAACUGUGUGAGGCCAACGGCACUGUCACACAGCUCCAGGAGGAGGUGAAACAGUUACAAGAUACACUGAAGAGGGAGGAUAAAACUGAAGAACCAGGGGACAGCAGCGUCCUUUCUGAGCUGCAGAGCCUGAGAGAACAACUGGAGAAGAGUGAGGAGGAGAGGAAGGCCUUAGAAACUCAGCUGUGUGAGGCUAACGGCACUGUCACGCAGCUCCAGGAGGAGGUGAAACAGUUACAAGUUACACUGAACAAGGAGGAUAAAACUGACGAACUGCAGGAGAAAUCCACUGCUGCUCCACCUCCACCUCCACCUCCGCCACCUCCUCCACCUCCUCUGCCCCUCACUACUGUCACCAGUUCAAUUGAUUUCAUGAGAAGCAGGAGAAAAGAUAAAACCAGUAAAGUUGAACUAAAUGAACCAGCACCCUUGUUGGACAUGAAGGCGAAAGCGGUGGAUGAAAUGAUGGAGAGAAUAAAGAAAGGCAUCAUCCUGAGGCCCAUCAAGAGAAUGCAGGAAGAUGACAGCUCAUGGAAGGACCAGAGGAGUGAAAACAGAAAAUCCGCUAUCGUGGAGUUGAAAGGAAUGCUGGACAACAUAAAACGGCAGCCCCUCCGCAGAGUGCCAUCCAGAAGGGGAAUUGGCAGAAAUGUUGGGGAAGCAGAGCUCUUGCAGGUUCUGCAGAGGAGGAGGAGAGCGAUGGGAGAGACCCAGGACCUGGUCCCCUCAACACAAACAAAGGAGCCCAAGCCAGGUGAUGUUCCCUGGGCAGGUGAGAGCGGCUGCGCCCCUGUGCUCCGGAGGCUGAAACAGAACAGAGAGAAGAGAGACUCUCGCAUCAGAGCAUCCGCACUGAUCAUCGGCCAGGGAAACUGAGAGCCCGAAUAUCGAAGAGGAACUCAUUACAUUACAUUACUUAUCAUCGCUGGAUAUGUGUUGAUUUAAUAUAUAACUGAAUUGAUUUUGUGACCCUGCCUAUUGAUUUUGGUCAAAGUUAAAACAAAGACUCAAAUAAAGCUCAAAUAAUGUCAGAAAACA